UGAGCCUGUCUGUAUGUACUAUACCCAGGCACAUGCAGAUGAAAGCGAAACUCCGAAAGAGACGGCUCGUAUCCCACCUGGUAUAAAUAGAAGAUGAAUCCUCCCAGUCGGAAAACCAUCAGCCUCGAACACAAAACUCGAAUAUAAAAGAAACAUCAUCAUCUGGUUUUACCAUUAUAUCCAGAGUGACAACAACUUCCACUUCCAACCUACCUACCUACAAAUCCAAAUUGAACAUCAUGCCGGCCCGCAAAGCCCUCAUUUCCAUCACCUCCGCCAGUGCCACCCUCUUCGGUGGCAAGGAGACAACCGGCCUCUUCAUCGUCGAAGCAUUGCACCCGUACAAUGCGCUCGUGGAAGCCGGCUUCGAAGUCGACCUCGCCUCCGAGACAGGCAGCUACACGCCAGACUGGCUGUCCCAGCAGCCAGAUUUUCUCAACGGCUCCGACCUCGACACCUGGAACAAUGUGAACAGCGACUUCCGCAAGAAACUCGACAAUAUGCCCAAAGCCUCUGAGGUUGACGGGUCCAAGUACGGGCUAUUCUUUGCAUCCGCAGGCCAUGCUUCUCUGCUGGACUAUCCAACUGCCAGUGCCUUGCAGAACAUUGCCGAGCAGGUCUGGGCGAAUGGUGGCGUCGUGGCAUCUGUCUGCCAUGGCCCUGCGAUUUUCACGAACUUGCUUGACCGGACCACUGGGGAGCCGAUUAUCAAAGGAAAGAAGAUCACUGGGUUCACGACAGAGGCGGAGAAUACCAUGGGCAUCAUGUCUGAGUUGAGAGGUCUCGGCGCUGAGAUGGUGGAGGAGCUUGCUGCGCGUUUGGGUGCUCAGUAUGAGCGAUCAGCUGGGAUCUGGGAUGAUUUCCAUGUUGUAGAUGGGCGACUCGUCACCGGACAGAAUCCAGCCAGUUCCACGUCCACUGCCAAGGCUGCCAUUGCUGUGUUCGACAAGCUAUAGAUGACGCAGGGAGAAUACUCGGUGACUGAUUUUCAUGAGGAAGGUGGCGGGGAUAGGACAGAUAUAGUAUUGAAUAUUGCCUUAUUAUUGAAC